AAAGAGAGCUGAUUCGCGUUCCGGAGCUGGUCUCGUCUGCUUGCAGAGCUGUUGUCCAUGGAGAUAAAGAGCACCAGAAUCAAGGCUGGGGUUCUUUUUUCCUUGCAGAAAUCAACAGGGUGACCACCGCUGCACGCGCCUCUCUCUCCGAGGAUGUCUUCUUCUUCUUUUGUCUUCCAGCUUCGCUAAAGCAGGCAGCGAUGGACUAGAAACGGACCGACUUUCUUCUCCUCUCCUUACGAAGGAUUUCAAAGGCCAACACACAUCUGUAGCCUGCAACACGCGUACAGUAACUUACUGACACCAACGACACGGUUUUAGAGAUACAGACUGCAUGGGCUGUUUUUUUUUUUGCACUCAAAAACAUCCAGAGGAAAUGAACGCUAGUAGCCUAUGUCGAAACAUGAAGAAAACAAGCGACUGGAGCUACAUGACGGAUGGAGAGACGUCGCUUGUCUCACUGUGGACAGAUAAAAUGACCAAAGUCUGAGAUAACACAAGGAACAAAGGAAUUAAAUAAGCCACGUUUCACAGCCAAAUAACGGGCAUGUAAUUUAUGCACAUUUUCUUUUUUUUUCUUUGUAUAUUUUUUUUUAACCAAACCUGCUUAAACAUAAUGUUAAUACGACUCAAAGCCAAUGUUCUUCACGGAAUGUAAACCAAUAACUUCCGGAAAUCAACAAAUGGAUGAGGAGGAGUCUUCAGCAGCUGCGUCUGGAUCCUUGAAACCAACGCGGACUCACUGUAAUCUGGAUGGAUGCGUGUGAGACGAGCGAUGACGUUUGUCGUGCUGUUUUUGUGCCUCGUCGAUGGAUUCGCGUGUUAGCACCGCCCUGCGGGGCAGCGGUGGCAGCAACUACACAGCUGACACCCCGGGUCCAGGCUUCACCAACCACCUGGGUACUACCUCACCUGGUGUACCAAGGGUUGUUUCCAUAGUGACCAGCAUAGUGACCGCCACCACAGAGGCCACAUUGGGCAACUCAGGAAACUUCUCAACGUUCAGAGACCCUAGAGGGAGUGAUCUCGGUCCGAUCCAUCCGGGGUCGACCCCGUCGGUGCUGAGCGCCGCCGAGAGUAAGUCUGUCCUGCAGGGCAUCACCGUGGCAACUCAGGCCCUGGUACUCCUCGCCAUCUUCCUCCUCUCCAGCUUCGGUAACUCGGCCGUCGUCGUCGUCAUCAUCAAACACAGACAGCUGCGGACGGUGACCAAUGCUUUCAUCAUGUCGCUGUCGCUGUCGGACUUCCUCACGGCCGUGCUGUGUCUGCCCUUCUCCUUCGUCAUGCUGUUCAGCAAAGACGGCACCUGGAUGUUCGGGGACCGGUUCUGCGUGGCCAACGGCUUCUUCAACACCUGCUUCGGGAUCAUCUCCACCCUGACUAUGACUUUGAUCUCCUUCGACAGGUACUUUGCCAUAGUCAGACAGCCGCAGGCCAAAAUAGGGCGCCAGAAAGCAACUCGGUUGUUGAUUGCUGUGUGGUUGACUGCUGUCAUUUUCUCGCUGCCUUGGUAUCUCUUGGUCCGACCGCCUUCACAAAUCCACAAGCGAGGUUUCUACCACUGUAUGUACGUGUUCCACUCCGGGACUUCACGCAUGGGGACGGCUUACAGCAUCUGCCUUAUCGUUGUAUGUUAUUUACUGCCCUUCGCCCUCAUGUGCUUUUGUCAUUACAACAUCUGUAAGACAGUUCGUCUCUCUGAAAUACGAGUCCGACCUGUGACCACGUACGCAUACUUGCUGCGUUUCUACAGUGAAAUGCGAACGGCCACCACAGUUCUGAUAAUGAUUGUUUUCAUUAUUUUUUGUUGGGGGCCGUAUUGUUUAAUGGGGUUGGUUACAGCAUUGGGGGACUACACGUUCAACCCGGCAAUGGACACAGUGGCCAUCUGGCUAGCCUGGGCAAACGGCGCCAUCAACCCUCUGAUCUACGCCCUGAGGAACCCCAAUAUAUCCAUGUUACUGGGGCGCAGCAGAGAGGAGGGCUAUCGGACAAGAAAUAUCGCUGCGUACCUCUCCAGCCAAACCCAUAACCGCGAGGCUCGGCUUAACCAAGCUGAGAGGAUCAGGGACCGCUACGUGAGUCGCGUAGGAGUGAGCAAUAACAGCCGGCUGUCAAAUUCAAGUCCUGGAAAAGGAGGAGGAGGAGAGGUGGCAAUGUGGGCCUGUAAAAACCCUGCCGUGUUCUUCUGCAGGGACGCCCAGUCGGACACCGCAACCCUUCCUAACUCCGUCAGUGCGCCAAAGAUGAAGACAGCGGACACCAGCCUGUGACGUUAAUCUUAUCUAAUAUGUUGUUGUGGAUCUAGAGACUGAAGACACAUGAAUACCUGAUAGUAAAUAUGUGUCUUUCAGAUCACACUCUAAAAUGUUAAUGACUCAAACCAACACUUGAUCAUUUUUUGUCAGGAAUCAAAAGGAUUAUUUACAUGAGGGAGGACAACAAGUUAUGACGGUGAACACUUAAUUUAAGCAGCUGUUGUACAUUAGAUGGGGUCAAAGAAAUUCCUUCCUAAUUUUGGAGGACACAAUUAAGUCGUCUCAAGGAUCCACGACAACGGACCCCUGGAAACCCCACAAUGAUUAAUCAUGGAAGGGGAUGCACAACAUUUCUGAAUAAAACCAUGAUGAGUUUGCGCUUGUGUU